GCAGACGUCAGAGCUGCGCGCUGUCAAACACAACAAAACUACGUUCCUUUUGUUUGUUGUUGCGGUCAACAGGGAAAAUACAGAGCUAUUUUCGAUUUAUUGCCAGAAAAAAAAGAAAAACAAAAGUCCGCAUUCGCAGGAGUGUGUGGUGUGUUGCUAUCGCGGCUAAAUGCUCUACGGCAGGACAGUCUACCCGGCGGCAGCGAAUCUGCGAUGAAUCCAGUCAGUUUAUACAUCACAACGUCACGGCUAGUGUUCCAGAGCGGCUGUGGCGGCGGUCCUAGCGAAGCGGCAAACCCCACCGGAACCGAUUCGCUCGGUGAUGCAUGUAGCACUAACAGCAAUAGCAGUGCCUUUGCCGAUCUCAACCGGCUGCUGCCGUACCUGCGGAAGAGUCUCAGCUGUGCGGUUUGCUGCCGGCUACUGCUCGAGCCCCACACUCCGGCCGAGCUGAACUGUCAGCAUCAUGUUUGCCGCGGGUGCGUCGGCGAGCGGAAGAAACUGAAACCGUCCUGCGGCUCGUGCAAGGAUUACAACCGGUACGUGGAGAACACUCAGCUGCGCAUGCUGCUUCAGUGUUACAAAAGCAUUUGUGAGUACAUCAAAACGAAACCGUUCUUUGCGGAAAUUCGGCUCCAAGCGACGGGGAACUCGUCGGCGAUGAAUGGAAUGUCGUUGGGUGGCGCCGCAGUGGGCCAGAAUUUAGCGGGUGGUGCGAUGAACGCCCACGCAAUGCAACAGCACAACAGCAACAAUUCCGUUCCGAGCAACUUGUGGGAGUUGAUUGAGGAAGGAGCCCGAUUUCAGGACAACUACCGGUGUAGCUCCGGACUGACGAAGUCAGCUUAUUCCAUCCUGCCUUGCAUAUACCCAACGCCAACGCCUGUCGCAGUGAGUGUUCCGUCGGUUUCGCCAAUCGCAACGGUGGGUCAGCAGCAAAGCCAGCAAUUCCUGAUGACAUCCAACAGUGGUAACGUCCAGAUGCAAACCAAAGUCCAUCCGGUAGUGACCGUUCUCGAGAAAUCUCCGUAUGUAGUCAGCAUAGACAAACCUCAACCGAAUCAGAUUCGACACCACCCGCAGCAGCAACAACAGCAGCUCCAGCAUCAACAGCAACAGCAACAGCAGCAGCAGCAGCAGAAGGAAAUUAAAUUCCGCUCGGCACCCAUCAAAACGGUUUCCAAUGGGUCCACCAUGUAUUCUGUUUUGUACGCGGGAAAUGGAAAUAAGAUUACUAUCAAGCGGAAAACCGACCCGCCUCACGUGCAGCGGCGAGCCACGAUCCACACCCUGGACAAGGACGGUCAAAUUAAACUAGCGAAAACUAUUGCCGAGAAUUCUGCGUCGAUAUCCGGCUUUAAAAUGCCCCAACCGACAACGACGGCAAUAAUAACGCCCACUGCGAAUACUCCUGCGGCUCAGAUGAGCGCACUUAGUAAGCAGAAUGCGAAACAGCUGCUAAAACGGCGCGGUUGUCGUUGCGGUAACGCAACAGCCACACCGGGUAAGUUAACGUGUUGUGGACAACGGUGUCCCUGUUACGUUGAUUCCAAGUCAUGCAUCGAUUGCAAGUGCCGCGGCUGUCGGAAUCCACACCGAGCCGAUGGCAUGAAGGUUCGUCCUCACAUUCCAGAGCUUCAGAAUCUAGAAAUCAACCUCCACAAUGCAACCGAUUCCCUCACAACAGCCACAACGACCGUUCUGGCAUCUCAUGUGUCCUCGGUGGGUGGUAGUGGUGCCGGUGGAUGUGGCCCCGGUGGAGGAGUGACUACCACCCUGGGAUCUCUCCACCAGCCACCAGCAGUUGCCAGCAUUAGCAGCCAACCGUCGAGUUCCGGUCUGACGAUAAACAACACCUCAACGCUGGUUAGCACCAGUGGUGGUGGUGGUGGUGGUGCGAUUGGGGGGAAGGGUUUCGGUCAGUUAAGUCUCCUGGGAACUAGCGGCAGCCACGGUACCAGUAUAGGUGGUGGAUCGACGCUGAAAAUCACUCCAACGUCGCUUGCGAACGUGUUGAGCAGUACAAAUCAAAUCGUGACCACCACCGAUGGGAUGGAGCUGGGACCGAGCGCGGGACUGCUGGAUGCCAGCGGAUUCAGCUAUCUGACGCCAGCGAGUCUGGAGACGGCGACUGGAGGGGUUAAUGCCACUGUUGGUGGGACCACCACGCAGUACACCGUUCCGGGGAAUAGCCUUACUAACGGCGGGACGAUACAUGUGGUCGGCGUGUACACGACGCAUCUGGGCGACGUCAGCUGCAGUCCCACCCUGUCGAACAUGAUCCGCACGGACAGCGCGCUGAACAGUCUCCUCACCCAGAAACCGCCGGACGCUCUGCUCACGCAAACCCACUCCCUCAACACUCUGAGUCUCACAGCACCGACCACCCUGCUGGGUCAUUCCCUGUUCAAUCCGACCACGACGCUUGCCGCCGGCGGUGGGCUUUGCACAAGCAAUAGUGGCGGUGGCGGCGGCGGCAGUAUCGCGAUUACAUCCGCGACGGCCGGUCUCGAGCUGACCGGGAUUGGCGUUGGCGACGGAACCACCAGUAUCGACAUCAGCGACCAGUUGGAUCUCGGCGGAACGAACCUCAUCACCAUCGACGGCGCGCUGGAUGACCGGUUGCAUGCCGACGAUGUCUAGCUGCUGGAUGGAGGGAAACGCGAGGGAAAUGGUUUCUUUGCAGUCUUGGUAAUCGUAUGUGUUUCCGUAUGUUUUGUUCUUCCUGGUUUGUGGAAAGACGAAGGAAGGGUCGCUCCGUUUAUUCGCAAGUGUUUUGGAUCCUAUGGGAGCCGCGGCCGGUUUAGGUUUAGUACCGACAGGAAAUUUCUGUUCUAAUUGUUUUGAUUCGUUUGUCCGAUCGUUCUCAUUUGUCGAUGUAAACAUUAUGCAUAACUAGAUUGUAUUGGCUAUCAUUAUUACUUAUAUAUGUGUAUAUUAGAGGAACAAUAAGUAGGAGAGCUCGAGAUCGUCGUGCAGUAGAAUGUGCUGUUCAAUUAUGUCCCCAUCCGUUCGUUGUAUCGAAAUCCUGUAGAGUAUACCGCAAAUUUGUUUUCCCAUACAGAACAAUAUUAAGCUUUAGUCCAGCGUAAGGCAUUCUAUUUUCGUUUUUUGUCCCCUUAGCGGUAGUAUAGAAUGCCGAAACAUGGCUGAAGUGAAAAGCCGGAAAAAAUCAUGUACAUAAGAACGAUUAAAUCCUUAAUCAAGGGUAUAUAUGAAUCAUUUAGACAAAAAAAAAUAU